AUGGAAGAUCCCGAAAAUCCUGAAGUUCAUUGGAGCUCAGCUGCCCCCAGCAGGUGGAGAAAUACACCUGGACCUUCGAGUCGUGUUGGAAAACGAUCCGGACCGCGGAACAGGGCUUCAUUUCGUGGAUUCGACCAAUUUGGCCUUGUGGUGGCAGCCAAUUCCCCAAAAGAUCAUCUCAAAAUUGCCAGUCCUUGUUGGGGACUUGUGAGGCGGACAUAGAUCCAAAUUAGGGUUUUUUCUCUCACCAAAACCAUACGAGCUGCAUGUUAUAAGGGACAAAGGCGGCGUGUGCACUUGCGUGUCUGUGUGAUGGCCACUGAACGAGUGAUAUUCGAGACGAGAGAGGGCCUUGUUUGACGGGUGACCCUUGAUUAUCCCAGUGGGUCUUGGGCGAUCUUCCACUUUGAUUGAUUGGUCGGGAAUUGAGAUUGAUACGAUUUUGACAAGAUUGAUGUGCGCAGGGAACUUACAAUUUGAGAAAAAGCUUGU